AUGUCUUCAUCGGAAGCAAAUAAUAGUAAUAAUAAUACUACUAAUAAUAAUGAAGAGACCAAAACAACAAUUUAUUCAAUGCUUACAGAUCAGCCUAUAACAAUUCCUGAUUCUUGUCUUUUUGGUGCUUGUAGACCGGUUUCUGAUUUUGAAAAAUUAAAUUGUAUUGGUAAAGGUACAUAUGGUGUAGUUUAUCGUGGCCGAGAUAAGAUUAGUCAAGAAAUUGUUGCAUUAAAAAAAGUUCGGAUGGAAAAUGAACAAUGGGGUUUACCAAUAAGUUCAAUGCGUGAAAUAAAUCUUUUACUUAAUUUACGUCAUGAAAAUAUUGUUGAAUUACGUGAAAUAGCUGUUGGCAAAUCAUUACGUUCAAUAUUUCUUGUUAUGACAUAUUGUGAACAAGAUCUUGCAUCUUUACUUGAUCAUAUGUCACAACCAUUUACUGAAGCACAAGUUAAAUGUAUUGCAUUACAAUUAUUUCGGGGUUUAAAUUAUAUACAUAAACGUUUUAUUGUACAUCGUGAUAUUAAAGUGUCAAAUUUAUUAUUAACUGAUUGUGGUUGUUUAAAAAUUGCUGAUUUUGGUUUAGCAAGACAAUUUACAUUACCAAAUGGUACAAUGACACCGAUGGUUGUUACACUUUGGUAUCGAGCACCUGAACUUCUUUUUGGUUCUAAAUAUCAAACUACAGCUAUUGAUAUUUGGUCAGCAGGUUGUGUUCUUGGUGAAUUAUUAUGUCAUCGACCAUUAUUACCAGGUCGUUCAGAAAUUCAACAAAUUGAUUUAAUUAUUGAUAUGUUUGGUACACCAACAGAAAAAAUUUGGCCCGGUUUAAAUGAUUUACCUUCAUUAAAAAAUUUUUCUUUACGUCAACAACCAUAUAAUAAUGUUAAACAAACAUUUCCAUGGUUAUCUAAUGCUGGUUUACGUCUCAUUAAUUUUAUGUUUAUGUAUGAUCCGAGUAAAAGAGCCACUGCUGAAGAUUGUUUAAGAAGUUCAUAUUUUAAAGAAGCACCAUUACCUUGUGAAAAUGAUCUAAUGCCUUCAUUUCCUCAACAUCGAAAUCAGAAAUCAUCUUCGUCGAAUCAGCAUCGACCAGCAUUACCAGCACGAUUAUCUUCUUCAUCAAACGAACCUAAUUCUCUUGUAAAUGAUAAUCGUAAAAGACAAAAUCUACCACCGCUUCGUGUCGGUUGUACCAAUGUGAAACGAAUUCGAAAAUCUUAA